UCAGAGUCGCGAGCGGCGCACGAGGAGACGCCGCGCGAUGUCCGGGAGGAGGCGCGGGGAGCGAGCGACGGAGACGGGGGGCCGGGAGGAGUCGGGAGACGAGGAGGACCCGGGAGACUCUGGGUGCCGAGAUGAUAUUCCGGUCAUUGAGCCCAUAACAAACGGCCGCAGGUUCAGCUGCCGGUCUCGUCACGUGCUCGCCGCGCUGGGCUUCGUGGGGCUGGCCCUGGUGUACGCGCUGCGCGUGAACCUCAGCGUGGCCAUGGUGGCCAUGGUGAACAGCACCGGGGCUGCGCACCGGGACAACAACAGCGCCUACUGCCCACUGCCCGUGCCCAGCAACGGCAGCCGCCCCGCACAGCCGCCCUCUGUCAACGUUUACAACUGGGAUUCGCGAAUCCAGGGGUGGAUCCUCAGCUCCUUCUUCUACGGCUACAUCAUCACCCAGGUUCCUGGGGGUUACCUGGCAGGCAGGUACGGGGGCAAGCUGCUGUUCGGGGUCGGCGUCACCUGCACCACGGUGCUUACGCUGCUCACGCCGAUUGCCGCACACUUCGGGGUCCCGUGGCUCCUGGUCGUGCGCGUCCUGGAAGGGCUUGGAGAAGGCGUCACCUACCCCACCAUGCACGCCAUGUGGGCGCUCUGGGCGCCUCCGUAUGAGAGGAGCACCCUCAUGAGCAUCUGUUACUCCGGUGGACACUUCGGCACCGUGGUGGCCAUGCCGCUGUCAGGGAUCAUCGCAGACAAACUCGGGUGGCCUUGGAUCUUCUACAUCUUCGGAGGUACCGGGCUGCUGUGGUCCAUCGUCUGGUUUCUCUUCGCGUUCGAUUCCCCGGAGAGGCACCCGCGCAUCUCUGCCGCCGAGCGGGAGUUCAUCCUCAAGUCGCUGCAGGCGGAGCGGCAGGCGAAUCACGGCGCGUCCAUACCGUGGCGCCACGUGUGGACCUGCAUGCCUCUCUGGGCCAUCAACGUGGCCAUGUUUUGCGGAGGCUGGGGCUUCUACGUGCUGCUCACCUCGCUGCCCACCUACAUGAGCACCGUGCUGCACUAUGACAUGCAACAGAACGGCCUCCUGUCGGCGCUGCCCUACCUGGCGGGCUGGCUCUGCACUGUCGCCGGGGGAUUCGCCGCCGACGCGCUCCGCAUCCGCGGCCUCCUCUCCAUCACCGCCAUCCGCAAAGUGGCGACCACGCUCGGCCUCGCGGUCCCCUCCCUGUGCCUCGUGGCAUCGGGCUUUGUGGGCUGCAACCACCUCCUCGCCGUGUCCUUCCUCACCUUGUCCGUGGCCUUCGGGGCCUUCACCACAGCGGGCUGUGGCAUCAACCAGCUGGACAUCGCGCCCCAGUACGCCGGCGUGCUGCUGGGCAUCUCCAACACCUUCAACAACCUGCCGGGCUUCCUGGCGCCCACGCUCACCGGCUACCUGACCGAACACGAUACGCUGAAGGAGUGGCAUAUGGUGUUCUUCAUCUCGGCUGGCAUCAACAUGUUCGGGGCUCUCUUCUACCUGGUGUUUGGAUCGGGGAAGCAGCAGAGCUGGGCUCGGGAAGGGGGUCUCGAGGAGGGAGCCUCUCCGGAAGUCUCCUCCGUCGAAGAGGCCGACGGGACGGACGGGUCUGCGACGGAGCAGCGUUGGACACGGCUCAAGUAGAGGUCGGGGAUUGACACUAGUCCUAACUCUCGACCCUACGGGACACAGCCCCCAAUACUGACCCACGCCAUGUCAGACACGCCUCGAACCACGGCCCUGCCAGGCAUAGCCAUGACAAUUGAACGGCACCCUGACAGGUGUCUGCUUCAAUAAACCUAAAUGUGUCUCUAACUCAAAUUUGGACCCUCGCCUUCGGCCUGACCCUUCCCCUACCUAUACUAACCCUAAUGGGUCUAAUCUAUCACGCUGUCACAUUCCUCUAUCAUAACCAUAAUCCUGAUCAAAAGCCUUACCCCUAACCCUACCAAACAUUCACAUCAAUAGCCACAAUCAUUACCUCGAACCCUGACCGUGGCACGCACUCCGUGAGACGUGUGCAGUCGAGCCGCGCCCGGCAGUGGGUUUGCCAGCGCGAUGGAUCAAGGUCAGAGUCAAGGUCAGGGUCACGGCCUCACAUCUCGCGCAUAAAUGCGCCACUCCCGCCUCCAUGGAACCCGAGUCCCCUUAACCCCGCGCGACUCUAGCUCCGCGAUCGCCGCGUGACGCCGCUCAGAGCCGCGCGCACGGCACACGGGGACGCCGCGAUGUCUGGGACGAGGCGUGCGGAGCGAGCGGGGACGUUGGACCGAGAGGACUUGGCGGGCACAUGGCACGUGGAGAAAGAGCUCUCGUGGAGACACGAGUGGGCGGGUGAGCUCUGGCUAUGCGCGAUCAUUUCGACCAUCAUCGUGGCGCAAUUGUUUUGCUGAUAAUUAUGCUGCGAUAGUCAUGUGAUAAGUGUGCUGCGUGCGGAUAUGAAUGGGUCUUUGGAUAUGAGUGUGUGUAUGUAUGAGUGGGUGUAUGUAUGAGUGUGUUUGUCUUUGUAGUGUGCGAGUAAGUUUGUGUGAGUGGAGAAGCGGUGGCACAUUGGAUGGCACGCUGUGCUUCGAACCCGGCUCCCUGAGUUUGAUUCCCGGUCACGGCUAACAUCAGUCGCGAGUUAUAUGUGAACGGUGCUGCGCCUCCCCUAAAUUGACUCAUCCUUAAAUAAAUACAUGAUGUGGUUUGUAAGCUUCAACAGCGGGGAGACAGGCAGCCGGGCGUGGUACUGACAACACCACCCCCUUGUGGGCCAUACGAGCCUGAAUAGAUCUCGCAAACAGUAGUUGCCCCUGCGUUCGGGGUAUCCUUGAUGUUGUGUGUGUGAGAGUACCGUGCGAACACCAAUAGUCUUGCCACUGUCGUGUGGGCGGUGUGUGCGAGUGGGUGAGUUGCACUGGUUAACACACUGAGCUAACGAACCCGUUAACCCGAUUUGGAUUCCUCGCCGCAGAUGUCAUCAAUGACGAGUAGUUCUAGAUACACCCACUCGGAGCCUCUCCUCGUCGGCUCAUUCCUAAAUAAAUACCCGGCACGGCGGAUAAAGCACGAAGUGGAUCGUGCGCCUGUGAGGGGGGUCUGUGCGCGCCAACUCUGCCUCGCUGAACGACUCCGCGCGCGCGGGUUACAGAACCAUUGGCGUGUCAUCGCUUCUGCCUCACCUGCACAGGUGAUUCAUUCACUCCCUUCAGCGCCUGUCCCUCCAUCCCCGUCCUCCUCCGUGCGAUCACUGGCUGUGCGCGGCCUCAUCGGUCGAGUCAAGGCCACGGCCUCUCCGCGUGACGUCGAAGGUCAAGGCUGGGGCAGGUCGCGAGCAAGCGGCGAUGGCUGAUGAGCGCAGAGUCACUGCUUAGCGACAGGAGAGAGCGUCCGCCGUGGCGGGGAUGGGACGGUGAGAUCGGAUCGGGUGCAGGUGCUGGGUGGAUCGUUGCAUUACGAGACCGUGAAUGAUGGUGACGACUUUAGGAGACCUUCAUCCGGAUUGACGAUGACGACGGUCAGGGCCAGUUAUGAGCCCAGAUUCGAGUGAGGGUUUUAAUAAGCAUUGAGGUCAGGUCGGGCCUACGGCUACUCCGUUCCGCUCUCGGCCCCUGGGUUUCCUGGGACGCAGUGUCCAGGGCUGGGUGUUCAGAGCACAAUGGGGGUCGUUCAGAUCCCCGACUGUCAACUGCUCACCCUCAACCCCUCCCCAUCACGGCCGCUGCGGUCUUCGAUGAACCCCACCUCUCUGUUGGGUUAAGUGCGAGUGAGUUGAUUGAGUGGUGUGUGACGUCGCGGGCGACUGUGGAUGAUGAUGAUGAUGUGUGUACGUCCUUACGAAAUAAAUCCUCGCCCUA